AUGACGGCGAAGGAGGCGGCAAAAGGCACAUUCGAUCUUCUGUUCGAGUCUCAUCUCCCGCUUCCGAUCAUGUUCACCCUCAAGACUCUCGCCCUCUACUUCCUCGUCAUCUUCUCCGCUCUCGUCGUCUACACCAACGCCACGUGUGCCGAUGAUGAAGGUACGCGUCACAUCCGACUCGCUGGGGGGGCCUUAAAAAUCCAUUCCUUUUGCAGAGGGUCACUGCAAAGUGUUCGCCGAGCUCUGCGACAACACCGACUUUGCCGCCUACACCGCCAAGUGCGCCAAGACUUGCGGAAAGUGCUAG